UGUUGGGCUGGGAACCGUUCAAUCAGGCACGUAAGCUGGAGCCGAGAGGAAGGCUUCCGGGUUUGGCGCGGCCUUUGUCUCUUGCUGCCGCUGGAGCUCCGGGUCCCGUCUUCGCUGCUCUGUGACCUCUGCUCCGAGACACCCAGCCUCGUGGCCCUGUGACCUGCAGGUAUUGGGAGAUCCGCAGCUAAGACGCCGGGACCCCCUGGAAGCCUAGAAAUGAGACCAUUGGAAUUUAUGGAUGUGGCCGUAGAAUUCUCCCUGGAGGAGUGGCAUUGCUUGGACACUGCACAGCGGAAUCUGUAUAGGGAUGUGAUGUUGGAAAACUACAGAAACCUGGUCUUCCUUGGUAUUGCUGUCUCUGAGCCAGACCUGAUCACCCGUCUGGAGAAAGGAAAAAAACCUUUGACUGUGAAGAGACAUGAGAUGAUUGCGACACCCCCAGACGGAGUCUCACUGUUGUUACCCAGACCGGAGUGCAAUGACACGAUCUCAGCUCACCACAACCUCUGCCUCCUGGGUUCAAGCAAUUACCCUGCCUCAGCCUCCCGAGUAACUGGGACUACAGUUAUGCGUUCUCAUUUUGCCAAAGACCUUUGGCCAGAGCAGAGCACAAAAGAUUCUUUCCAAAAAGUGGUACUGAGAAGAUAUGAUAAAUAUAGACAUGACAAUUUACAGAUAAAAAAUGGCUGUGAAAGUGUGGAUGAGGCUAAGAUGCACGACAGAGUUUAUAAUGGACUUAACCAAAGUUUGACAAGUACCCAGAGUAAAAUAUUUCAAUGUGAUAAAUAUGUGAAAGUCUUUCAUGAAUUUUCAAAUUCAAACAGACAAAAGGUAAGACAUACUGGGGAAAAAAAUUUCAAAUAUAUAGAACGUGGCAAGGGUAUUAACCAGUCCUUAACCCUUACUACACAUAAGAAAGUUUAUACUGGAAUGAAACCCUACAAAUGUGAAGAAUGUGGUAAAGCCUUCAGCUGGUCCUCACAUCUUAAUAUACAUAAGAUAAUUCAUACUGGAGAGAAACCCUACAAAUGUGAAGAAUGUGGCAAAGCUUUCUACCGAUCCUCAAACCUUAAUACACAUAAGAUAAUUCAUACUGGAGAAAAGCCUUACAAAUGUGAAGAAUGUGGCAAGGCCUUUAAGCACUCCUCUAGCCUUAAUACACAUAAGAUAAUUCAUUCUGGAGAGAAACCCUACAAAUGUAAAGAAUGUGGCAAAACCUUUAAGCACUCCUCUAGCCUUAGUACCCAUAAGAUAAUUCAUACUGGAGAGAAACCCUACAAAUGUGAAGAAUGUGGCACAGCCUUUAGGCAGUCCUCAAACCUUACUAUUCAUAAGAGAAUUCAUACCGGAGAGAACCCCUAUAAAUGUGAAGAAUGUGGCAAAGCCUUUAGGCAGUCCUCAAACCUUACUACACAUAAGAAAAUUCACACUGGUGAGAAACCUUAUAAAUGUGAAGAAUGUGGCAAAGCCUUUAAGAACUUAUCACACCUUACUACACAUAAGAUGAUUCACACUGGAGAAAAACCCUACAAAUGUGAAGAAUGUGGCAAAGCCUUUAAGCGCUCCUCUCAACUUACUACACAUAAGAGAAUUCAUGUUGGAGAGAAACCCUACAUAGUGAAGAAUGUGGAAAAUCUUAUAAAUGUUCCUCAACCCUUAAAAAUCAAUCAUAAGAUAAUUCAUACUGGAGGAGAAACCCCAUAAAUGUGAUGAAUGAGGAAUAGCCUUUAACCAGCCCUCAACUCUUACUAAAUAUGAGAAUUUACGUGAAACAUAAACCUUACAAAUAUAAAGAAUGUGACAAGUUUUUUAAGUAGGUUCUCAACAUGUAUUACAUAUAAUUCAUACUGGACAGAAACCCUACAAGUGUGAAGAAUGUGGCAAACAAGUUGUCAGUUCUUAUCUUCUUUUUUUUUGAAAUGGAGUUUCACUUUUGUCACAGAGGCUGGAGUGCAAUGGCACAAUGUUGGUUCAUUGCAACCUCUGUCUCCUUGGUUCAAGCCAUUCUCCUGCCUCAGCCUCUCCAGUAGCUGGGAUUACAGGUGCCCACAACCAUGCCCAGCUAAUUUGUGUACUUAUGAUAGAGAUGCUGUUUUGCCAUAUUUCCAGACUGGUCUCAAACUCCUGACCUCAGAUAAUCCAGCACCUCAGCCUCCUAAAGUGCUGGGAUUACAGGCAUGAGCCACCACACUUGGCCACAAGUUUUCAAUUCUUAAGAGACGUGUUGGAAUUCACUCAAAGUGGUGGCAGAGAUAUUAAGGGAAAAUAUUAGAAAUAGUUACAGUGAGAUGUUUGCAUAGUUUCAGUACAAGUUUUGGCUGGAGGCAGCCAGAACCCCCUUUAUGUUUAGUGAAUAAGGAAAGCAAAUAGCUGGGCCGGGCGUGGUGGCUCAAGCCUGUAAUCUCAACACUGUGGGAUGCCGAGGCAGGUGGAUCACGAGGUCAAGAGAUCGAGGCCAUCCUGGCCAACAUGGUGAAACCCCGUCUCUAUUAAAAAUACAAAAAUGAGCUGGGCAUGGUGGUGCGCACCUGUAAUCCCAGCUACUCAGGAGGCUGAGGCAGGAGAAUUGCUUGAAGCCAGGAGGCGGAGGUUGCAGUGAGCCGAGAUGGGGACAGGGGGAGACUCUCUCAAAAAAGAAAGAAAAGAAAAAAAGGAAAUAGCUAGGGAAUAGGGAGUUCAUCUGAAUACUUUGUUUACUCAAUAACCUGUAAUCACUCUGGGUGUCCUUCUGAAAGAGGGGAGGUCGACCAGGGAGAUUACCCGUUAAUGGUGUUUACUCGGCAUUGGUAACUGCUUUAAUCAUUCAUAAAACCUUUCUUGUAACGAUGUUAAUUAUCCACAAGCGUGUUGACUUGGAAUCUGUUAUUAAAUCUAUACUGAAUAAAUGUGAGAAGGAACAA